GCUUCAAAUGCGCUCACUGGAUUAGAUAGAGGCGCACUGUGGAGAGAGAGGAAAAAGUUCGUAGCAAGGAGAGGCAGGACGACUCACGGAGCCCCUGUAGUCUCUCAUUUUAUGCCUCUAAAAGACUUUCUCUGCUACUUGUUAAGCGUCCCUGCGCUUGAAAUCAGCUUUUUUACGCGUCCGGAGGACAGAUUCUGCUUUUUAUUUUAAUAACUUAAGUUGAAAGUUCCCCCUUCCGCCCCCAACACCAUGGAGCUGCUCUGCCUCGAAAUGGACACCAACAUAAGAGCUCGUCCCGAUCCGAACCUCCUGCGCGAUGACAGAGUUCUGCAGAGAUUGUUGACUAUCGAGGAGAGAUUUUUGCCCCAGUAUUCUUAUUUUAAAUGCGUCCAGAAAGACAUUCAGCCCUUUAUGAGGAGGAUGGUCGCUACUUGGAUGUUGGAGGUCUGCGAAGAGCAGAAGUGCGAGGAAGAAGUUUUUCCUUUGGCCAUGAACUACUUGGACCGAUUUUUAGCAAUGGUACCAAUCAAAAAGUGCAACCUGCAGCUGCUGGGGGCAGUUUGCAUGUUUCUUGCUUCCAAACUGAAAGAGACUCGUCCAUUAACUGCAGAGAAGCUUUGCAUCUACACAGAUAACUCCAUUAGACCACAAGAGCUGCUGGAAUGGGAACUGGUUGUUUUGGGGAAGUUGAAGUGGAACUUGGCAGCCGUAACACCAAACGACUUCAUUGAGCACAUUGUGAGGAGGCUGCCACUCCCCGAUGAUAAGCUGGCACUAAUACGAAAGCAUGUCCAGACCUUCAUCGCCCUUUGUGCCACAGAUUUCCGAUUCGCCAUGUACCCUCCCUCCAUGAUUGCCACAGGAAGCGUGGGGGCUGCGAUCUGUGGCCUGCAGCUGGAUUCAGCUGACCACUCACAGUGGGGAGACGCCCUGACAGACCUGCUGGCCAAAAUCACCCACACAGAAGUGGACGUUUUAAAGGAAUGCCAGGAGCAGAUCGAGCGCGUUCUGGAGAGUAGCCUCCGCGAAGGGCGGCAGCAGCAGCAGCAGCAGCAAACUCAGAGAGGUCCCAGUGGGAAAGGCCUGGACGAGCUGGAUCAGUCCUCCACUCCGACAGAUGUCCGCGAUGUCAACUUGUGAAGCACCAGAGGGCACCGUUGCACAGGAUUUACAAAAAUCUUUAAAAAAAAAAAAAAAGCGUCAUGAAAAAAAAC